AUGACUAGUAUGGCGACGACAACAGACGGAGCUGCACAUGCAGCUGCAGCCGCGGAUUCUGGGGCCGCUGGGGAUACUGGAAACAAGUUCCAGCAUGCGAUUUCUGCAUGGAGAACAAUCGAUCUUACCACCCUCACUUCGAAUCUCGAUAAUACAGCCUCAGAUAUCGUUACUUAUCAACGUGACUCAACUGUACAACGCAAGGACCUGGCUCAAAAAACGAAGGACUUUCGAAAACUCGAAGAUUCUGCAAAAUUGACAGAGUUUAAGGGAUUACUGAAAGCCUACCAAACCUUUAUCGACCUCUUAACGAAUCACUCAAAGGCCGUGAACUCGGCUUUCCUACAAGCAUACUCGUCUAUUUCCGAAGCGCCCGACCCAUACCCAUUGCUGGAAGCCUCCGUUGAUGCUAUGCUGGUGUCGGAAGAUACUGCCCCGAAGCUCAGAGACGAAAAUAAGCACCUGCAAGAGAAUGUCGCGAAACUUACUGCGCAACUCGAAAAGACCGAGGAGAAACUACAGUCUGAGCUAGCAGCGCGCAAAGACCUGGAGGAUAAUCUGAAUACGAAAGUGAAGGAUGUUGAAUCGUCCUGGAACGCUGUGUUGGGCGAGCGCAAAGACAACUGGGAGGCGAAAGAGAAGAGCCUGGAAGAGAAGGUUGAGAGCCAAGAGAGACUACUCAACGAGCUGAAGGCCACCUAUGAAACAAAUCAGCGCCUCGGAAAAGCCGGUGACGAUCAGGAAGGAAUGCGCAACCAGGCCUCCAGAGCGGAACUCGAAAUGCUGCAUUCUGACUUGGAACGUACAAGUGUGCGACUGGCAAAUGUUGAGUCUCGAAACGAACAAAUGAGGCUGGAACUGGCUGAAGCUAAGUCUAGGGCUUCGUUGCCGCCAAAGGCAUCGUUGGAAGACGACCCCGACUAUGUGAGGAUGCGGUCCGAGAACUCAUCGCUCAUUCGAAAGCUUGACAGCACAAGGCUAGAGAAGGAAAGUCUCAAGAGAGAGCUCGAUACCAAGGUUCGAUCCACCGAACGUGAAGUAGCUUUACUCAGGGACGAGAAAGAAUCGCUCCGAUCAAAGGUGCAGAAAUGGAGUGAUUACGAUGAAGUGAAACAGGAGCUAGAAGUCCUCAAGAGUAUUGAGUUUUCUACCGGCGAUGACGAUGACGAUAUUCCAACUGACAGGGACGGCGACACCGAUGCCGGCAACACCUUGGAGAAACUGCUCCUAGGACGCAACAAGAAGCUGGGUGAUGAGCUCACGGUGCUAAGAGUUUCGCAUCAAGACUUGCAAACAAGAUUAGAGGACUUGCAAGAAGAUAUGUCCAAAACGAAUGCUGAUCUCGAGAGAGCUCACAUCUUGAAUGAGAAGCUCGAAGGGGAUUUGGAGCAAAUGCACGCAGAAGGAGCAAACGCUUUCCCGUCUGGGGCAUCCGUUGCGGGAACAUAUGUGACACGAGCACAGACCCGACGCAGUGGCAGAAUCUCGCCAACGUCGUCCAUCAUCAGUGGAUUAGACCCUCGCGGAGGCGGGGGUGAAAGGGAACCAAUGGGCGGAGGGUCUGGAAUCCUCCCGAUGGUGACGGCGCAGCGAGACCGGUUCAAGCAGAAGAACGCACAACUGGAACAAGAUGUGUCGGAUAGCCACAAAGCAGUGCAACAGCUACGACAAGAGGUGGCAGCGCUGCAAAAGGACAACCUAAAUUUAUACGAGAAGACACGAUACAUCUCAACAUACAAUCGCUCAGGCGCAACAUCAUCCUCGGCGAUUGCGUACGGGGGAAAUCCGAACCCAUCCACGGUAGCCAUCGGAGAAACAGGAACUCCAGGCAUGGCCAUGGACAGAUACCGCGCAGCGUACGAGUCCAAUAUUUCGCCGUUUGCUGCCUUCCGCGGGCGCGAAUCAGCGCGGGCCUAUCAGCGGAUGAGCCUACCCGAGCGCGCGGUCUACUCCAUCACGCGAAUGGUUCUGGCGUCGCGCAGCAGCCGAAAUCUGUUUGCCGCAUAUUGCGUCGCACUGCACCUGCUCGUCUUUAUGUGUCUGUACUGGCUCGGCGCGUCGGACCUAGAGAAGCACGCGGGCAGCUUGGGCGCUUCGUCGUCGGCGGCGGGGGCGGCCGGUGCUGCGGCCAAGAGCGCCGGAGACGGUGGGAAAUGGAAGGAGGACGCCUUUGCGGGCAGCUAG